AUGGACGAACUCUGCGAAGAUGAAAGGGCCAUUGAACUAUCGUCUAUUGCUGCGAUAUAUCCAGAAAUCGUUAUAGAUCCCAGUGCCAAGUUCAAGGCCUCUCUUGAGCUUCCAGUCUCUCCCACAGUCCCUUUAAAAGUCCUUUUUCAGCGCCCAAAAUCAUCGCUUCCAACGCCUCCGACAUCUCUCGGCCCCGACGACAAUGAUACAGUGUCGCAGGUUGAUGCACAGGAAACUGCCCCCCUAUCCCUCUCACAUUUGCCACCCUUGAAAUUAGAUAUCCAACUUCCUGAUGGGUAUCCCUCGCUUGCAUCUCCUCAUUUCUCCAUCACGACAAACCCGGAUUGGCUACCGCCGUACAAAGUCGCCGAGUUUUUAACUGACGGCAAGAGAUUAUGGGAGGAAUGCGGAAAAGACUUUGUCGUUUUUACUUAUAUCGACCAUCUACAACAAUUAGCGGAGAGGGCAUUUGACCUUUGCGGAGAUCAUGAAGACACCGUCAUUUUUUCACGAGAUUUAAAGGUUGCACUUAUGGAUUUUAACAUUAAAUCUAAGCGGGAAAAGUUUGAGCAGGAAGGUUUCGAGUGUGGUGUUUGUUUAGAGCCUAAAAAAGGAGCAGUUUGCCAUCGGAUGUUGCUGUGUUCUCAUGUCUUCUGCAUCAGUUGUCUCCAGGGAUUUUAUAAUGCUUGCAUAAAAGAGGGGAAUGUCGAUAAUGUGAAGUGCUUGGCCCCAGGCUGCGGGAAAGAUCCAGUACCUGAACCCCAAGCUGAGGUUAUGGGAUAUGCAGAUCCGAGGAGCUAUAAGAAAAAGGAUCGAACUCUUAAUCCAAGUGAGCUGCUACAAAUUCCACUGGAUCAGGAAGUUGUACAGCGCUAUGUACAACUCAAAAGAAAGCGGAAGUUGGAGUCAGACAAAACAGUUGUCUACUGUCCUCGCCAAUGGUGUCAGGGAGCUGCUAGGUCUAAAAGAUAUCCGAAACGAGACGGCACAGUGGACGAAUUUGAAUUAUCGGAUGACGAGUAUGAUGAAACCAGACCUUCCCCAUUUGACCCGCUUGCACCAGAAGAACAACUCCCACCCAUGUCACAACGUCUGUCGAUAUGCGAGGAUUGUAGCUACGCAUUCUGUAGCGUCUGUAAAAAGGGUUGGCAUGGCGAGUUAGCUUUUUGCUAUCCGCGAAGAACUGCAGAGCUCUCCGCAGCGGACAAGGCCAGCGAAGAUUAUAUCAAAACGUACACUGCGCCCUGCCCAACCUGUGAAGCCCGCUGCCAGAAGGCAAUGGGUUGCAACCACAUGAUCUGCUUCAAAUGCAACACCCACUUCUGCUAUCUGUGUUCGAGCUGGCUUUUUGAAUCCAAUCCAUACAGCCAUUUUAACGACCCGGAUGGUGGUUGUUAUAUGCGACUUUGGGAGCUGGAAGAAGGCGAUGAUUCCAGACCUGCUCCACCGGACUGGGAUCGUGCAGCUGCUGAAAUGCAAGACAUGGACAGCGGUGAUGACGACAACGCCGAUGACCUUGAACGACAUCGAGGUAAUCGAGCACCCCCUCCCGUACCGGUGCCCCCGGGCAUCAAUGCAAACCAACAAAAUGGACGUCGCCCAGACGAUGCAGCUCGUGCUGCCGCUGCUGAACAACAGGUUCAGGCCCAAGCCAUCGCUGAGGCUCGCGGUCAGCAGCUUAAUCCACCCAAUCCCCAACCACCCAGACAGAUGGUAGGGCUGCAGCGGUUUCUGCAGCUGGUGCAGAAUGACCAGGAAGAUGGAUGGGAUAGUGAUGAGAUUUAUUUAUAA